AUGCGCCAUGCUUGGGCACUGGCCCUGAUCACGCUUCGAGCUGCAGCAAUGCGAGAUGUCGGAGUGGAGGAAAAGCUCGAAGUUGAGUCAGACAAAUCACGGGGUGCAUGGAAGAUCGACCUCGACAACCCAGUCGAUGCUGCAUCGCAAGCUCGAUCUGUCGGCAUGGAGGACAACCCACUCGAAGCUGCAUCACGAGCUCGAGCAGCUGAGCUGGACGCCUUGCAGAAGGCCCAGGACCUGGAGAGACUCGCAGCAGUUGCGGAGCUCCAUGUAAUGGAACAAAGAGAUCUUGCCAUAAAAGCCGAGCAACAAGUUCUUGCAGAUGGACAGGAUCUACAUGCGCAGGAUGAGGCAAUAACAUUGCCAGCCACUGUUGGGGAUGUCAACUUGGUGCCGCAGACCGCGCCAUCAGCCGAAGCAUCCGACAGAAGAAGCAGCAGAAUUGCCCCAAACACGUCAGCAACGACCACCUCCGUGGAGGCCAGGCCCGAAGAGAGUGGGGAAGUAGCCAGCACCACGGUUGACAAAGCAAGGCAGGUAGUGACAUCUGAAGAAGAAGAAAUGCACGAGCACAAGUCUGAGGAAUGGAAUGCGCAGGAAGCGACAACCACCACAGCUCGGCAGAUUGAAGAUACAAGCCAGACAACCGAAGAGCAACGAAGCGCGUCGCAGGAUGAUCUUUCAGCACAUCCAGAAGGUCGGGAAGCAGCUGCCGAAACAACCACAGAAACAGGAAAUCCGUUGGCAGCGGAAGAACCAGGCUACGACGAUGAAAGCACAUCCACGGCCCCAAGUCCUGAAUCGAGCGGCGGGCCAGAGUCAGCAGAUGCCCGCGAAGACAGCGCAGCCGACAGUGAAGAAAGCUUCAGGACCACUCCAGAAGUGCAGGCAACCGAGAGUUCUACAACACCUGUGGCUGAGAAGGAAUCGCGGGAGAGCAGCUCAAGCACUUCACCCGACUUUUCCUCCACAGUCGAAGAGACUGUGGAGGAUGAGGACACAUUGUCUGAAGACUGGAGGGGUGAUGGCCCAGCGGCGAUGAGCGUUCACAUGCCUCAAGCACGGAACACCGCGCAGGCCCCGCCAGGC